AUGGCUGAAAGAUACACUUCCUACUCAUCUAGUGAUAGUGCUCUUGUGAGUUCACAUCCUUUUUUGGAUAGCUCUGGAUCAAGUCGAGCAACAGCUGGUCAAGGCAUUAAUGUGACUAUUCAGAAUCUACAGAAUGAACAGGAGCGUAUCCAGAAAAAAACAUUUACAAACUGGAUGAAUUCUUACCUUUGCCAGCGAGUCCCUCCUAUCAAGGUGGAAAAUCUGUUUGAAGAGGUUAAGGAUGGAAUUGUGCUUUUAUCCUUGCUGGAGGUUUUAUCAGGAGAACGACUGCCAAUGGAAAAGGGCCUCAAACUGAGCAUACACCAUCAUCUGGCAAAUAUCAAAACAGCGUUACAAUUUCUGGAAAAGAAAAAAAUUAAGUUGGUGAAUAUAAAUGCUACAAGCAUUGCAGAAGGAAAACCAUCCAUUGUAUUGGGACUUAUUUGGACUAUUAUUCUGUACUUUCAGAUUGAAGAAACAUUCAAUGCGGUGCCGACUGACAAUGAUGGAGCCCCUGUGAAGAAGACAGCCUUGCCCAGACAGAGUUUGCUGGAGUGGGUUGAUAGUAUCCUCUUCAAAAAAUAUGGUCUUCAUGUGAAAGAUUUUGGUAAGAGCUGGAAUAAUGGUGUGGCUUUCAAUGCCAUGAUCCACAAUGUCCGACCUGACCUAGUAGACAUGGAUUUAAUUCGCAAACAGCAAGCAAAGAUAAAUCUAGAACAUGCUUUCUCCACCGCUGAAAGUCAUCUCGGUAUUCCGAGGCUAUUAGAUCCUGAAGAUGUUGAUGUGGAGAAGCCUGAUGAAAAGUCUAUCAUGACAUAUGUUGCUCAGUUUCUCAAAGGUUACCCUGAUAGUGGAGGAGCCAGUGGCGUACCUGGUGUAGACAUUGAGACGGCAGAGAAAGAGAUGAAGGCUUACAGCAGUUUAAUCAGCUGGCUGAAUGGUGAAGCUAAGGAAGUUCUUGAUGCAAGCUAUGAACCAGUCACAAACAGAGAAUCAGAAUUCUUGGACUACCUUGGGUUUAAGACUGAAUUAGAAAGGCGAGAACCAUUAUAUCAAAAGUUGAGAGCAAAAGUGCAGUCUGGUCGAUCAGUUCAAAUUACUCAGCUAGAAUGGGGAAAUCUUGAUGCUCGAUGGCAAGAAGUGGACAGACAGGUGAAAUUGUGGCUUAGAAAACUGGAUUCCUGUCUGCCAGGAAAGCUGGGAAAACUUGGCCACUGGAUGUAUGAAGCAGAGGAAAUACUGUGUAAGGAAGAAUCAACAUCAGAUAAUGCAGAAGACAUGGCAGCCAUGUAUGAUAAACUUACACAAGAGCACAAGGAAUUCUUCAAAGACUUGGAAGAGUGGAGUCACUUUUUUGCCCAGAUCAAAAGAGCGGGACGUUAUGAAGGUCUGAUGUUGCAUGGACCACAUAUUGAUCACCUGUCCAAACGACUUGAAUCGAUCUCUUUAUGCUCAGCUCUCCGUCUGAACAAGCUGGAGUACAAUCACUUGAGAUACAAAUUGCUAGCCUGUAUGUUGGGAGCACAGACCAAAGUUACACAGUGGACAGUGAAAUAUGGCAAGCAGGAUGCUGUGGAAUGUCUGCUGGCAGAUUACAGUGAUUGUAUAGACAGGCAGCACAUGUGUCAACAUAUUGACACAACUUACACUGACACAAAGAAAGUGGCAGAAAAUUACAAAAAUGGAGGAGCAGAUGCAUCAGAGAUAACUAGCAUUGAUAACUUUUUGCAAGAAGCUGGUGGAAAAUGGAAGAAGAUGUCCUUAGAGAUAAAAAGUGUUAGGACCACACUGGAGGAGACAUUAAAAGCAUGGAAGGAAUACAACUCUUGUGUGGAAAGACUGAACCUUUGGCUUGCAGAGGGAGAAAGAGUCAUGAAACAAGAAAUUGAAGCCAAGGAGGUUUUCUUCAAGGAUCUUGCCCAGUAUGGUGAGAAAUGUAAAGUGCUCAACGAAUCUGCAAAUUUCCUGGUUGAUGUCUGUACAGAAGUAACUGCUACAGAAGUCCGACAGACAGUUGCCUCUCUCAACCAGCGGUUCAAUUCUCUGGUUGAAGGUUUUCAAUCUUUUCAUGAGACAGAGGUUAUAGGAAAAGUGCGAGCCAAGUAUGAGAAAGGGGUCGUCAGUUUAAAAGGCCAGUUGAAUGAUUCCAUUGCAUUACUGAGUAAAAGGAUCAGAUGUGUCCAUGCUGAGCUGAAAGACUAUCUUAUAGCAUUGGAUCAAUGCAGCGCCGAAGUUCAGGAAGCAGAAAACAAUUUUAAAGUGACAACUGAAUUGGCAAAGUCACUGGUUAAAGACAGUUCUGAUGAAGAUGUCAAGGACAUGUUAGCGACACUGAAUUCACAAAAAGAGGUUAUAAUACAGUUGAAAAAAGAAAUUCCACAGAAAAUCAAAAAUGUGAAAGCUGUCUUGCCAAAUGUGGCAGCUGUGGAAACUGGGAUACUUGACCUAGAGACCUGGUUGACAGAAGGAGAACAGCUCAUCAAGUGCUAUAAGACUGAUGGAUCACCUGAGGAAACAGACAAUCGACUACAUAGGCAUAAGGCAUUCUUCACCAAAACAACUUACCAGACAUCUAUCCUUGAAAGUAAGAACAAUGUCUUCAAGCAAAUCUGCAACACAAAAGACAAAUUAAAGAACAUAGAUUUUACACCAGUUGAGAAUUUGAUGACUUCUGCAAAUGAAAAAUUCCAGAUUAUUGUCACAAGUGCAAAGGAAGUGGAGCGCAAACUUGAAUGUCUGUCUAGAUUAUGGCGAUCCUUACAGCAGAAACAACAAAAACUGGAAGACUGGUUGGAUACAGCCGAAAACAUUCUGGAUGAAAGUCAAGGAGAUCCAGAAAACCUCAUCAGCAAACAUAAGAUAUUCUUUGACAAUACAGACCCUCAUCUGAUGUCAGACUAUGAAACAAAUGCCAGUGAGCUCUUGCAGCAGAUGAAUGUAGCUGAACGCAAGCUGCUUUCAGAGACUUUAGGCCACUUGAAAGAGAGAUGGGAG